UUACUCUAAUAAAAAGUAAAAAACCAGACCCUUCUCUAUUAAACACAUCGACUCCGCAGAAUUUUCAUUUCUGCUGCUUUGCAAAAUACGCUGAUCAUGUCACGCUCGAUUCAAAAUUCUAAAUUCUUUGUCUCCAGAUUCUCAAAUAUCGCCGCCUCAAGAAAUGGACGAUUUUUAUCCAUUGAAUCUAACAAAACUACUGAUUGUAAAGAUUCUAAUAAAGUCAAUGAACCUUUUAAGGUUGAGGAAGCAGAGACAGUACAUGCUCCCCCACCUCCAUCAGAGAAGUUACUUAUCCUGGGGGGAAAUGGAUUUGUCGGUUCACAUGUUUGCAAGGAAGCUAUAGAUCGUGGUUUAGCUGUUGCUAGUCUCAGCAGAUCGGGUAGGUCAUCCAUACAAGAACCUUGGGCUAGCAGCGUGUCUUGGCAUCAAGGAGAUCUUCUUUCAACUGACUCGUGGAAGGAUGCACUGAAUGGAGUAACUUCAGUGAUUUCUUGUGUUGGUGGUUUUGGUUCCAAUUCUCACAUGUAUAAAAUCAACGGGACUGCAAACAUCAAUGCUAUUAGAGCUGCUGCUGAAGAAGGAGUGAAGAGAUUUGUGUACAUCUCUGCUGCUGACUUUGGAGUGGUAAACUAUUUGCUACAAGGAUAUUAUGAAGGAAAGAGAGCUGCUGAGACGGAGCUUUUGACAAGGUAUACCUAUGGAGGAGUAAUUCUGAGGCCGGGUUUUAUAUAUGGAACUCGUCGUGUUGGCAGUAUGAAAUUGCCUCUAGGUGUCAUUGGUUCUCCAAUGGAAAUGGUUCUCCAACAUGCAAAACCACUGAGCCAGGUCCCCCUUGUCGGACCCCUUUUCACUCCUCCUGUUAAUGUUACAGCGGUCGCAAAGGUUGCUGUACGAGCAGCGACUGACCCUGUUUUCCCUCCGGGAAUUAUUGACGUCCAUGGUAUUAUCCGUUACAGCCAGCAGAAAUCUGUAUAGAGGACCAAUCCUUCCUUUCCUCCAUGGUAGAGUUUCCAUACGUACAGCUAAAUUUUUCUCAACCACUCUUCUCGGAAUCUUUUAAGUAUAAUUUACUUUUGUUAAAUUUGAAUAAUCAAAAUGCAAUAAAAGAUGUGCCAUGCACAGAACUAUGAAUUUUUUUUGUUGUGGUCUAUUAUCUCUGUCAAACUUGGGGUGAAUUCAGUUAGAAAUCAUCUCUUGAUUUGGUCAGACGAUUACAUUAUGUUUUUCCCUCAAAAAGGGGGGAGGGAAAGUGCGCUAAAUUUCUUUCUUUGUGC